AUGUCUGACGUAGAUGUCCAAGUUCUGCAAGAUGAGAUCAAAGCAAUGGGGGAUGAGAUUAGGUCUUUGAAAGCAGAAAAAGCUGAUGCAGCAUUGAUAAAAGAAAAAAUAGCAGCUAUGCUUGAAAAGAAGAAAUUGCUUGGUGAUGGUCAGUCUGAUCAAGGGAAGUACGUCUUGAAGACUGCUAAGGGAACGCGGGACUAUGGGCCAAAAUCAAUGGCUGUUCGAGAGUCUGUGCUGAAGAUCGUCACCGAUGCGUUCAAGAGGCACGGAGCGGAGACCAUUGAUACUCCGGUUUUCGAACUGAGAGAUGUACUCAUGGGUAAAUACGGCGAGGAAGGUGGUAAGCUUGUUUAUGACCUUCAAGAUCAAGGAGGUGAACUGCUGUCAUUGCGAUAUGAUUUAAC